AGGCGCGGAGCGUGUGCGCGGCGGCGGCGCUCCGGCCGUGGGGCGAGAGAGAAGGUGCCAGACUCCGGCGCCGCUUGCCGGUGGCGAGGAGGAGAGGAGAGGAGCGGAGCGGAGCGGCCGGAGAAGGAGGAAGAGAGGCGGGGAGCAGCGGCGCUCGCUCGGCCCCGCGGCGCCGCCGCCGCCACUUCCCCGCCGGGUGCAGCCCGAACCUGAUCCGUUGCCGGAAACUGCCGGCUCGCCUCCGGCCGCGGCGCGGGGCUCCGGGCGGCGCUCCGUGCCGAGCGCGGGGGGCGACUUCUCGCACUUCUCCGGAGAGCGCUCGGGGCUGCCCCGCCGGAGGAGCGCCGUUGCCGCGGUGCCGCCGCCGACCGGCGCGGGGGCAGAACUUUCCCCCGGCAGCGCCGUGUGGGGCGGCGGGAGCGCUGCGCGAUGAAGCUGAGCCGGCAGUUCACGGUGUUGGGCAGCGCGGUGUUCUGCGUGGUGAUCUUCUCCCUCUAUCUGAUGCUGGACCGGGGCCACUUCGACCACCCCAAGAGCCCCCGUCGGGAGGGCACCUUCCCCAAGGGCCAGCUUUCAAUAUUGCAAGAGAAAAUAGAUCAUCUUGAACGCCUUUUGGCAGAAAAUAAUGAGAUUAUUUCAAACAUACGAGAUUCUGUGAUCAAUCUGAGUGAAUCAGUAAAAGAUGGUCAAAAAAAUCCAGUGACUAUAAACUUCAGUCAAGGAUCCCAAUUGGACCUCUUCCGUUCUGCUCCCACUCUGCUUUCAGUUGAUUCUGAGGAUUGUUUGUUUGCUUCAAAAAGUGGAAGUCAUAGUUCAGAUGUUCAGAUGUUGGAUGUUUAUGACAUCCUUCCUUUCGAUAAUCCAGAUGGUGGCGUUUGGAAACAAGGAUUUGAUAUUACGUACAACGAAAAUGAAUGGGACAGUGCACCACUUCAAGUUUUUGUUGUGCCUCACUCACAUAAUGACCCAGGUUGGCUGAAGACUUUUGAUGAUUACUUCAGAGAUCAGACACAGCAUAUCUUAAACAACAUGGUUAUAAAACUGCAAGAAGACAACCGAAGGAAAUUUAUUUGGUCUGAGAUUUCUUACUUUUCAAAGUGGUGGGAUGGAAUAGAUAGCCAGCGAAGGGAUGCUGUUAAGAGGUUAAUAAAAGAUGGGCAGUUUGAAAUAGUAACAGGAGGAUGGGUCAUGCCUGAUGAAGCUUCUGCUCAUUACUUCUCUUUAAUUGACCAACUCAUAGAAGGACAUCAGUGGCUAGAACGGAACUUGGGAGUAAAACCAAAGUCUGGUUGGGCAGUUGAUCCCUUUGGGCAUUCACCAACAAUGGCCUAUCUUCUGAAACGCGCAGGAUUUUCAAAUAUGCUUAUACAGAGAAUUCAUUAUUCAGUUAAAAAAUAUUUUUCAGCUCAGAAGACACUAGAAUUCUUUUGGAGACAGAACUGGGAUUUGGGAUCCAGUACAGAUAUCCUUUGCCAUAUGAUGCCUUUCUAUAGCUAUGAUGUUCCUCAUACUUGUGGUCCAGAUCCAAAAAUCUGCUGCCAGUUUGAUUUCAAACGUCUUCCUGGAGGAAGAGUAAGCUGUCCAUGGAGAGUUCCACCUGAAGCCAUUCACUCUGGAAACAUUCAGCACAGGGCUUGGAUGAUUUUAGAUCAAUACAGAAAGAAGUCAAAGCUUUUCCGUACUAAAGUUCUGUUGGCUCCACUAGGGGAUGAUUUCCGUUAUGCUGAGAGCUCAGAAUGGGAUCAGCAGUACCAGAAUUAUCAGAAGUUGUUUGAUUAUAUGAAUACACAUCCUGAAUUUCAUGUUAAGGCCCAGUUUGGAACUUUAUCAGAUUACUUUGAAGCUCUUCGCAAAGAAAGUAAUUUGGGUGAAGGAAGCAGCAGCCCACUUUUCCCUGUAUUAAGUGGAGACUUUUUCACCUAUGCGGACAGGGAUCAUCAUUACUGGAGUGGAUAUUUUACAUCACGACCCUUCUAUAAACGACUGGAUAGAGUCUUGGAAUCCCACUUACGAGCAGCUGAGAUCCUUUACUCCUUGGCUUUGAUUCAGUCCCAUAAAUACAACAAGAUGAGUGUAUUUCCUUCAGUGGAUAACUAUAAAUUGCUGACAGAAGCUAGGAGGAACCUUGGACUUUUUCAGCAUCAUGAUGCUAUUACAGGAACAUCAAAAGAUUGGGUAGUUGUGGAUUAUGGCACUAGGCUUUUCCACUCUCUAAUGAACGUGAAGAAAGUGAUAAUUGACUCUGCUCAUAUUCUUAUCCUGAAGGAUAAAGGUGCUUAUAAUUAUGAUACAUCAACUCCAUUCCUUAAGAUGGAUGAUGCUCAGUCUUCCCAAGAUUCUUUGCCGCACAAGACAGUUAUAAAGCUGACAUCGCAACCAAGGUAUCUUUUGAUACAUAAUCCUACUGACCAAGAGAGGUUUUCAGUGGUUUCGGUCAUUGUGAGUUCACCCAGAGUUAAAUUAUUAUCUCCUUUGGGAAAACCUGUUACUGUCCAGAUUAGUGCUGUUUGGGAUGGAGCAACUACAGUAUCACAUGAAGCCUAUCAGGUCUCUUUCUUGGCACAUCUCCCACCUUUGGGGCUUGGAGUUUACCAGCUUUUGGAAGUUCCCAGUUCAGAAGCGAAUUUAGCAGAGUAUAAUAUAUAUAUGAGUGGAAGGGAUAGUGUGCAGGAGAAGUCAGACAGAAUUUUCAAGAUAAAAGAGAUGCAAAAUUCUGUGGAUAAUAUAAUUUUAGAAAAUUCUUACAUGAAACUGUGGUUUUCUGGAACAUCUGGAUUACUAGAGAAAAUAAAUACAAAAGAGGAUGGUAAAAACCAUCAAAUGAAGGUGGAAUUUGCUUGGUAUGGAACUACCAGUAAUCGUGAUAAGAGCGGAGCUUAUCUCUUCUUACCAGAUGGAGACGCCAAGCCUUAUAUUUUUACAGAUCCACCUACUGUAAGAGUUGCUCAUGGAAAAAUUUUCUCAGAAGUUGUAUGUUUUUUCCACCAUGUGACACACACCAUGCGACUCUAUAAUGUCCAGGGUUUGGAAGGCCAGUCUCUUGAGGUUUCCAAUAUUGUGGAUAUCAGAGGAGAAUAUAAUCGCGAACUUGCAAUGAGAAUUUCAUCUGACAUAAACAGUCGAAAUAGAUUCUAUGUUGAUCUUAACGGAUAUCAGAUCCAGCCCAGACUGACGAUGAGCAAAUUGCCUCUUCAAGCCAAUAUCUAUCCUAUGACUACAAUGGCUUAUAUCCAAGAUUCUGGUGUUCGUUUGACACUUCAUUCAGCUCAGUCUUUAGGUGUUGCGAGCUUGAAAAAUGGUCAGUUGGAAGUAAUCAUGGAUCGUCGACUUAUGCAGGAUGACAACCGUGGCCUUGGACAAGGUGUCCAAGAUAACAAGAUUACAGCUAAUGUCUUCCGACUUCUGCUAGAAAGAAGGCAUGGAACAGAUGUGAAUGAAGAGAAGGCAUCAGUCAGUUUUCCCUCACUUCUUAGCCAUAUGACAUCUUCUUUCUUAAAUCAUCCUGUAAUUCCAAUGACAACAAAUGCAGAUUCAGGUGUCCCGGAGAUGUUGAAUAUGUUUUCUCCACUCAUGUCAUCUAUGCCUUGUGAUAUUCAUAUAGUUAAUCUGAGGACAAUCCAAUCAAAGGUAGAUACCGAGCCAUCCGAUGAAGCUGCUCUGAUUCUUCACAGAAAGGGAUUUGACUGUAGGUUUUCAAACAGAGAUGUGGGUCUGCUCUGUUCCACCACUCAGGGAAAGGUAAAGGUGCAUAAACUCUUUAACAAAUUCAGUGUGGAAAGUCUUACACCUGCAUCUUUAUCUUUGAUGCAUUCACCUCCAGAUGCCAGAAAUAUGAGUGAAAUAAAUAUGAGUUCUAUGGAGAUAAACACAUUCCGGAUUCGACUAAGAUGAAGUCUGGCUGUAAUACUUAGAUAGAGAAGAGGAAUCUGCAGUUAUCUCCUCCAAGUUUUACGUGCAAUAAGAAGCACAUUAUUAUUAUUCCAGCUUCUGGAUACUGUGAGAAAAACAUGCAUUGUCUUUUUUUUUGUUGUUUUUACCAACACAGUGAAAAGCCAUGUUGCAAGCAACUUUAUUUUUUUCAUAAAAUACCAACAUCAGUAUAAGUUAACACAUUAGUGCAACAAGUGAAGAAAUUUAUAAGGAUGUUAACCUCUCAACAGAUUAAAUCUCAGGUUAAAUGCUAAUUAUGUUUCUGGUGUUUUAAUUUUCAUAAGAAGGGGAUUGGGUUUUAAACAGCUUUCUUUGCAGAUUGCCGAUAAAUUUACGUACAGAUAAUUCAGUGUAGACAGCCCUGAUUCAACUUUGAAACAAAACACAAUAAAAUAUACUUGUUACUAGCUGAUUUCCAAAAACUUGCAAUCGUUUAUAUAAAUGACAGUAAUGUCAAAUUAUUCCACAAUUAAUUUCAAUUUACUCAAUGAAAAGGGGAUCUUUAAUUGUGGUAAAAUGAAAGCCUGCAGUACUUGUGACAAGUGGUGGUAGAUUUUAAUACGUCUGCCAUUCACCUGAAUUAUGUAAAUAUGAAAACAUGAACCUACAAAAUAAUUUUGCAAUGGAAACAUUUAAUAAAACUCCCAUUUUGUUACUUGACACACUGGGAUAUGUGCAAUUAUUCCAUUAUACAUGAUGAGAAAUGUCCAUACUUAUCAUGAAUACAAGAUUUUUUAUAAAACUCAUUUAGAUAUCAAUGUUCUCUGAAGUGAGUUUUCUAUUUCAAGAUUACCAUAUCAAGAUAAAUGUGCCUUAUUUUUUGAUAUGUCUUGUUACAAUUUUGGUGUCUAUGUUAAUGUUUUUUGGGGAAAGGUAGUUUAUAUAAUACUUAAGCUGUGUAUCUCCUGUUUGACAAUGCUGGCCACACUCUGAUCUAUGUCCUCCUGCACCAAGUUUGUACUAUCUUAUUCUGAGCAACUAUUCGAAUGUAUUAAUAUGAUGUCAUUAUAUGAAACAGACAAAAAUUGCUGUAAAAUCUAAAUUUCAGCUGCUUUUAAGGAAAUUGCAACUCAAUGCAGAAAGUUGAUAGUAAGCAAGGUAGUUUGCAAACCCAUCAAAACAUGUGCUUGCCUGUCACAGACUCUGUGACCUGUGCAUUCCAGAAUCAUGUGCCUAUAUUUUAAGCAUAAUUUUUCAAACUUGUAACCUCAGUUACAUUGCCAAUGUUCACAUGUUCACAUUACUGAAGAAUGGAGUCUUACUUUUAGCUUUAUUUCCACAUAUUAACUAAUGCAUAUUUAGUGCUGAAGCCAUUCAAGUGUGAAAAAUACUCCCUAAUUAGAGCUACUGUUUACAGUUAACACACAUAAACACACACAAACACACACUUGAGUAUUAUCCCAUUUACUAGUCUUCAUAUAUCUUCAUACCUCUUCCAUCUCUUGUUUAUCCCUUCAACAUCAUUGCUUAUCUUCAAUACCGUUGCAUGGAAAGUCAUUGUAACUGGUAAAAAAAUGUGUGCUGUUUUCUAACUCUAAUAAUACCUGCUGUAUUUAAUACCAUCAUUGCUGUUCCACGAUUUAUCAGAUGAUAUCUUCUAGCUGCAGGCUAUCUUAAAAGAAAAUGAAAGUGAAACUAAUUUUGUGCAUUGUCGUGGGUUGGAUCUCCAUCAGGAUUGCAUAGAUUUGCCCUAUUUGAUUCAAUCUACUGUAUAUUUUGUAGUUAGUGGAAAACUUAGCAGGAUCUGGUGCAAGUUAUGUCAAAAAUAUAAGAACCACUAACCACAAAAGAAAGAAUCAGACAGAUCCAAGAAAUUGAUGUUUUCAUGCAAUAAACAUGUACUGUAAGUUUUCUUAGCUAUAGUAAUUGAAAAUACUUUUGUUGUUGUUGGAAGUCAAAGCUCGGUAGACUUGCCAGCAGAAGGUUCUCAUAAUGUUUAUUUUAUUGCAUUGUUAGAAUUAAAAUGCUUCAGAGACUUUUGUUUGUUCUGUGCAAGAGAGCUUUCAAAAUCUUUCAAGUUUUGUGAAGCAGAAGGGUAAAAUUUUGAUGCAAUAAAGUUUUAAAGUAUUUUAUCGUUGGUAUUGCUUCCAAGAGAUCAAAUAGCAUUGUACCUUUCAUCAUCAGCUGUACAAUCAUGAUGCCUGUGACUUUCUUAACCAGGAGAUUUAAUCAUUGUUCUCUUAUUUUGCAUUGUUUUUGUGUAGAAACAGAACAGCCUUCAAUUUAGAAUUUGGACAUUCCUGAAAUGUGUAACUAAGUCAGAACUCCGAAGUCUGAAAAUAAAUUUUACUUUAAUUGGUUCAGAAUGUGACCAUUGAUUUUCUUUUUCAACAGUUCAUAGUGUCACCGUACACUAAGUUCUUUGCCAUGAGAUUCCAGUCAAGUUUUUUUCCCUGCACAUUCACCAUUCAACUUGAUUAUAUUCUUUUCUAUUUUGUGGCUGCUGGUUGUAAAACUACUGGUUAAGAAAACCAAACAUUUUAAAGACAAUGCUGAAAUAAAAAAAAUAAAAAGAUUUAAACCUUGUAAUUACUUUCCAUACUAGUUAUACCUGUACUGAUUUUUUUUUAUGUUCCUCUUAAAUGUCUUUCUUUUUACUUACUCAUGUUGUCUGAAACAAACUGAUUUAAAUUGAAGGUUUUUGAUAUUUUCUCUUCGAAGGUUUUAUAUCUUAUGGGGAUAUGUAAAAUAAGAUCUCUAAUAAAAGAUUAUGUUAUUGUGA